AUGUCGGUGGCAGCGAUUCAGCCAGUAGCGGCUCAGCCGGUGAGUCAGAUUGCAGCAGUGCAGCCGCGGGUCAGAUUGCAGCCGCGGGGUUACUCUUCAGUGGAGACUGGCGGGACAGUCAGACCGGGCAGAUCACAGGUUCUCAACGCAAUUGAAUGUGUAGGGACCUUGUUAGUGGGCGGUUUUGAGUCCCACGUUUUAUUCGACUCUGGAGCAUCGAAUUGCUUCAUUACACCGGAGCGUGCCGAGAAGAGUGGCAUCCGGAGUAGCGCGGGCGAGAGCGCGGGCAUGGUCAAGGUGGCGGGAGGUGGAUUCUUGUCUACUUUGGGCCGUGCUAGAGGAGUCGAGAUCGAGAUUGCGGGGCAGUCAAUGCCAGCAGACUUAGUCAUCAGUCCGGUGGAGCUGUAUGACGUUAUUCUCGGGAUGGACUGGUUGUCACACUACAGAGUUCAUCUGGAUUGCUACAGAGGUAGAGUGGUCUUCGAGCGAGAUGCAGGGAGGUUGGUUUAUCAGGGAGUGAGACCGACUUCCGGGAGUAUUGUGAUAUCUGCUAUUCAGGCCGAGCAGUUGUUAGAGCGGGGCUGUGAGGCGUAUCUGGCGACGAUUUCUAUGUCUGAGUCAGGAGCUGGAGUUGUUAUGGGAGAUAUUGAGGUUGUCCAGGAUUUUGAGGAUGUCUUUCAGUCACUGAAGGGAUUACCACCAUCUCGGUCUGAUCCUUUCACGAUUGAGUUAGAGCCGGGGACAGCACCGAUAUCGAAGACGCCUUACAGGAUGGCGCCAGCUGAGUUGGCAGAGCUGAAGAAGCAGAUAGAGGACCUUUUGUCUAAGGGGUUCAUUCGACCGAGUGUUUCACCGUGGGGAGCACCGGUGUUGUUUGUGAAGAAGAAGGAUGGAGUUUCAGACUUUGUAUCGAUUACAGAGAUUGACUUGGCAUCGGGGUAUCAUCAGAUCCCGAUAGAUGAGGCAGAUGUCAGGAAGACUGCUUUCAGGACGCGUUAUGGGCAUUUUGAGUUUGUGGUUAUGCCUUUCGGUUUGACUAACGCGCCGGCAGCCUUCAUGAGAUUGAUGAACGACGUGUUCAGGGAGUAUUUGGACGUGUUCGUCAUCAUUUUCAUUGAUGACAUUCUGGUAUACUCGAGGAGUCAGGAGGAGCAUGCGACUCACUUGAGGUUGGUUCUGGAGAAGCUUCGGGAGCAGAAGCUUUUUGCUAAGUUGAGCAAGUGCAGUUUCUGGCAGCGAGAGAUGGGAUUUCUUGGCCACAUUGUUUCUGCAGAGGGAGUUUCUGUGGAUCCGGCUAAGAUUGAGGCUAUCAGAGAUUGGCCUAGACCUAGUAGUGCCACCGAGAUCAGGAGUUUUCUGGGUUUGGCAGGAUACUACAGGAGGUUCGUCAAGGGGUUUGCUACCAUGGCGCAGCCGAUGACGAAGUUGACCGGGAAGGAUGUCCCGUUUGUUUGGUCAGCUGAGUGUGAGGAGAGCUUUAGUCAGCUCAAGGAGAUGUUGACUACUACACCAGUGUUGGCGUUACCCGAGCCAGGGAAGCCUUACAUGGUGUAUACAGAUGCUUCAGGCAUUGGUCUUGGUUGUGUGCUGAUGCAGGAGGGCAGAGUGAUAGCAUAUGCUUCGAGACAGUGGCAGGGCAGUGAGCGUAACCGUCCUACACAUGACUUAGAGUUGGGAGCAGUGAUCUUCGCGUUGAAGAUUUGGAGGUCUUACUUGCUAGGUGAGACAGUACAGGUCUUCACGGAUCACAAGAGUUUGCAGCAUAUCUUCACUCAGCCGAUGAUGAACGCGAGACAGACGCGCUGGGUUGAGUUCUUGGCGGACUAUCAGGUGAGCAUUAACUACCAUCCGGGCAAGGCUAACCUAGUGGCGGACGCGUUGAGUAGACGGAGGUAUGAUUCCGCAGUUGAGCGAGAUGUGGAGUCUCUAGUUGGCGAGAUCAGUACCUUGCGUUUGUGUGCCAUUUCGCAGGAGCCUUUGGGUUUAGAGGCAGUGGAUCAGGCGGAUCUACUUAGCAGGAUCAGAGUUGCUCAGCAGAGUGAUCAGAGUUUGCUGGAUGCGACGAGAGUGACUGGUUCUGAGUAUGAGGUCUCUGCGAAUGGGACUAUCUUGGUUCGUGGGCGAGUUUGUGUGCCUAAGGAUGUGGAGUUGAGACAUCAGAUUUUGGGAGAGGCUCAUGCGAGCAAGUUUUCCAUUCAUCCAGGAGCGACCAAGAUGUACCAUGACCUCAAGAGGUACUAUCAUUGGGUCGGGAUGAAGAGGGAUGUAGCAGACUGGGUUGCGAAGUGCAACACUUGUGCCUUGGUGAAGGCAGAGCAUCAGGUUCCGGGUGGUCUUUUGCAGAGUUUACCCAUUCCAGAGUGGAAGUGGGACAGGAUUACGAUGGAUUUCGUGGUUGGACUACCUGUUUCGAGGACUUUCGAUGCUAUCUGGGUGAUUGUGGAUCGGUUGACUAAGUCGCACAUUUCUUGGCCAUCAAGAAGACAGAUGGAGCUGCUGUCUUGGCUAGGAAGUUUGUGCGAGAGAUUGUGA